CUUGAGCCCUCGGUUCUGGUCAAGAACCUUUUUCCUUUUCAUUUAAACUCCUUUUCGGGACUCUGUGGUCGGAUGGCGUGUGAUGGUAAUGUUGACGACGACGACGACGACGAUAAAUUGCGAUACGGACGCGGAGCCGCGCGGUCGGUGUCGGUGUCGUCGUCGGUAGCGCUGGCGGGCCGCAGUUGUCGCGAGCGGCCCCGACGGGCGCGAUGGGGGACAUCGCGCAGGAGCUCACGUGCACCGUGUGCCUCGAGAUCUACCGCGAGCCGCACCUGCUGCCGUGCGGCCACAGCUUCUGCCUGCAGUGCGUGCGCGACCUGUGGCGCGCGCUCGACUUCAGGUGCCCCGAGUGCCGCAGGGAGUGCCGGGACCCGGGGGGCGUCCGCAAGAACCACAAGUUGGCCAACAUCGUGGACGUGUACCGGCUGGAGCAGAGGGCUGGCAGACCUCGCAGCAAUGUGGAUCAUACUGAAAGCCGAGUGGCCUACUGGCUCCUGCUGACAGCUGUGUUGCUGCUCUUCACCGCCAUCCUGUUGAAGCAGGAACUGGAAGCGACUACAGAGGAGUUAUUAGAUUCCCAGUUACAGUUGAUGACACUACAGAAUGAGGACCAUGUGGUGUCUGCGGACCUCGAACCCGUCGGUUUCGGCAGGACCGUCCUCAACUUCCUGCUUUCCUUACCUCACUGGGCCAUGUGGCUCCUCCUCAGGCCCUUCCUGAUGACCUGGGACUUGUUGCGGUGGCUUUUGAGCACCGUGUUUCACGUGAUUUAUCUGUGCCUGUGGCUCAUUUCCACCUCCUUGACUGCGUGCUGCGAGUUAAUUUUUAACUUAUUCAACAUGGUUGUGUACGCGUGCGGAAUGGGCUACAUCUACUCAUGGGUGCUGCGACUGUUGAGACGGAGAACCAACCGAUGACGGCGCGACCCGUCUUGGCGUUCGGACCCUUUUCCGACGUCGUUCCCUCCGGUCGCUCGUAAUGGGUGCGACUCGCUCGCGGACAGGGCCCACGGAUGCCACACUUGGGCCGCACGCUGGGUUCACCCGGCCAUCCUUCCCGAAGUCUUAUGUGCCUUGCUGCCUGUCUGAGGAGAAGAAAACGCGUCGCUCUCCGUUUCUUGAUCGAAGAUUGUCGUGCUUCUCGGCCGGUAACAUAACAUACGUUACCUGUUAAUGCACAGGGUUGAAUAUCUUUUCCCUUAGAAACACAUCAGUAAAAGUAUGUGAUUUAUAA